GGUAAUGUAAUGCCUAAGGUCAUUGGUCCAUAAAGAUCACAUGACUUGGCUUUUCCACUUCCAUUGCACCUUGGCGCUCACUCCUCCUCAGCGCAGCCAGCGGUAGCAGCUAGUGUCAGGUGUCCAGCAGGUUUCACAAAGGAGUGACUCAACGGAAGUUCCCCCAGUUGUCAGACAGUUGUCAGAUAUGGAAAGUGGUCCCUUUAACCGAAGGUCCUGGGCGACACAGUCCUUGCGUGUCACUGCCAAGGAAAUUUCACUGGUUGGUGGCCGAGGGAAAAGCAACGCCAUCGCUGAACGCUUCUCCAAGUACCAAAAAGCUGCUGAAGAGGCAAGUGGAGAAAAGAAGAAAGGGUCCAUUGAGAGUACUACAUCCCUCCGCUCUGGAAACCUUAGUGUUCUGAAGAAGCGCUGGGAGCAAGCAGGAAACCUAAAGCAAGACAAAACUCCAUCUGUUCCACCUCCAACCAAGUCCAGCUUUCGCCACAGGCCUCCAGCUCUGUCCAAGCCUCCUUCUAUCAGCGAGGACAGCCCUCCAGUGAAGAGCCCUGCCCCACUGACCGAUCAGGGAAGUCAGCGAGCAGGCACACGAGUCCAGCAGAAGCGUGCCACUACAGAGGUGGAAGACCAGAGAGAAAUGGACAGGGAUGAGCUUUUCAACAGCAGAGGAACCGAAAAGCUUGAAGACGAAGUUCCCACCAGCCCGCAUGCCACAUAUGAAAAACCCAGAGUGCCACUGAACAACCUGAAGAUGAAGUUUGAGAGAGGAGAGGAUGCUGUAGUCAAGGGAGGAAGGACAAAGCUACGCAGCGCCUCAUUAGAGGACGCUGACCAGCAUGGCAGUCCGUCUGACAAAGUGCUGGAGUCUUCAUCCCUGAAGGAGAAGAUGGCAAAGUACCAGGCUGCUCUUUGUAAACAGGGUCCACCUCCAGAAAUGUCUCCUACAAAAACAUCUGCACCUGUAAUUGAGAAACACCCGCACGCCAAGGAGUGCAACGGGGAGAGCACCCAACAGCGGAAAGCACCCAGGAAGUUCAGCCCACCAGUGAAGGAGACCUGCAUCGCUUGUGAGAAGACAGUGUACCCGCUGGAGAGGAUGGUGGCUCAUCAGCACAUUUACCACAAAAGCUGCUUCCGCUGCUCCCACUGCAGCACAAACCUCAGUCUGGGGAACUAUGCUUCUCUUCAUGGUAACAUCUACUGCAAGCCCCAUUUCAACCAGCUUUUCAAAGCCAAAGGCAACUACGACGAAGGCUUUGGCCAUCGUCCUCACAAAGAGCUGUGGGAACCACGGGCUGACGAAGAUGAGAGCGAGGAAGCACCAAAACCAAAAGACCAAGUGCCACCGGUGGUGGAGAAAAAUCCAGUGGAGAGUAGCACUGAUUUGGAGCCACCCCCCAAUGGGGAAACAUCCCCACAGGUUAAGGUGACUGACCUCACCGCCCUGAUGGAAACACGAGUGCAGACUAAUGCCACCUCUGGGGAGAAAGCUCCGCCCACAGACAGGCCUGCUGAGACCCGCAGGCUGAGGGUGGCCUGGCCUCCUCAGGCCAGCGAGGGCCAGACUGGUACGCCACUGAGUCCAGUUACCGAGGGGGCUCCAUCAAGCCGACCCUGGAGAGCCAAGUGGCCUCCAGAGGAUGAGGCUGCGCCGUCUUUCCAGAGCAGCGAGCGGGCUGAGAUAAAGAGCCUGAGGAGAAGUGCCUCUUUAAAGGAGCGCAGCCGGCCUUUUACUGUCGCAGUCAAGCCCGAAAAGGCCGCCAAUAUGGGUCCAAGGGAGCCUCGUCGUCCUCUCAAAUCUCUUUUGGAAUGGAGAGCUUCAUUUGACGAGAAUAGAUCAUCUGAAGGAAAGCCCAAAGAAAAUAACCAAGACCACCACCAAGUGAAACCACAGGAAAAGGAAGAGCAGAAAAUGCCGAAAACACAAAGUGAAGAUACAGCAGUUCCAAGUAAAACCCUCUCAGAGGAUGUUGAGAGUCCACCUAAACAACAGGAAGAAAGAUGUGAACAAGCACAAACAGGAAAUGCAACAGUGGACAAGAAGGCUGUGGAGGAGGGGUCUUCCAGAAGCACCACUCUCCAAACGUCACCGCCCGUCUCUCCGCCCGCACAACCCAAACAGAACCGCACCUCCCAGGAUGUGGGCUUCUGGGAAGAGGACAAAGAAGGAAGUGAGGCUGAGGAGCUGAGUCCAGAGGAUAUAAUCAAGAAGAACCGCCACUACGAUGAGGAGGAGGAUUCUGAGGCAUAACAGCCCCACGACAUCUCACACAAAACACUUACAGUCAUGUUUUCUCAUUUCUUGGACCAAAUAUAAAUGUAGCUUUGUGGGGCGUUAUUUUGUUACUGGAUAGAUACAGAACCGCGUGAUCGCUGCAUAUUGCGAGAACAGCCUUUCAUUUUUUAAGUGGAAAUGUCUUAUUGUUUCUUUUUUUAAGUUUUAAUCAUAUCGGGAGGGGAAAAAGUCACACCUCAGUUAUAUCCUUGGAUUUUACUGGAAGAUUUGCCUAAUCUUUUCUUUGACAAAGCAAAAAUAACCUAAAACUGUAUUUUUUAGCAUGUGCUGGGUAUCAGCUAACCUCCAAGAGCAAAAUCAUUUCCUCUCUCAGGGAUGAAAAAGCUGUCUUUUUGUUACCCCCUUAUGGCCAUGCCUAUGUACUGUAUCCCCUUUUUUGGAAAUUUAAACAUUGACGUGAGUUUUUUAAAGGAUUUUUGGACCUAGAUUUUUGGUGCAGUUACAGAGGAGUAUGAUUAAACCAUAAGGAUACUUUUCUAUGAAAUAUGUACUGUAAUACGUAUCCCGGCUUCUUUUGACAGCUUAAACACACAGCUCUGCAGCCAUCAAUAGCAAAGGGACCACCUUGUUUAUUUUUAAAUGAGCCUAUUCAUAGAUUUUGAUGAGCGUAAGUCCGGUUGCAUUACAUUUUUAGAAAAUGCAACUUUGGAAGCAAUUGUCUUGAAAUAGUCGGAUAGCAUUCCAUCAAAGAUCACUUAAACAACCAAAGCUUCAACUUAAUUCCUUAAACAUCUCCUGGGGCCUUCUGAAAGUUAGACAUUUUCAAUGUAAUCAAAAUUGUAUAUAAACCUUUCACUGUAUUUUAUUAUAUGGAAUAUGUUUGCACAAGUUUUUUUUUUAGAAUUUGUUUGAUGAUUCAAAAUUAAAAUGCUCCUGAGGUCUCCUAAAGUUGUCUUAUUUAUUGAUAUGCAUUCUUUCGAACUUUGAAAGCUCACUAUUAAGGAUGCUAAAUAUGUUAUGUUAUGUUAUAUUCUCAGAUUCAACACAU